CAAUGGCGUCGCCCUUGGAGGUGGCCGUUUGCACGGACUCGGCGGGGAUGCUGUGGAACUGCGCCGUGUGGGAGGUGCAGUCGGGGACGACCCUCCUAACGUACCGGGGCGGCCAGAGCGGGCCCCACGGCCUCGCGCUGCUCAAUGGCGAGUACCUCCUGUCCACGCAGCUCGGCAAGAACUACAUCAGCGCCUGGGAGCUGCAGCGGAAGGAUCAACUUCAGCAGAAGAUCAUGUGCCCCGGGCUUGUGACCUGCUUGACCACAUCUCCCAACGGCCUCUACAUCCUGGCGGGCAUCGCCGAGAGCAUAUACCUGUGGGAGGUAUCCACGGGGAAACUGCUGGCCAUCCUGAACCGACAUUACCAAGACGUCACGUGCGUGGUGUUCACAGAUGACAGCAGCCACAUCCUCUCGGGCGGCAAAGACUGCUUGGCAUUGGUGUGGAGCCUUUAUAGUGUCCUGCAGGCAGAGCAUUCCCGAAGUCCUGAACCUCGCCACGUCUGGUCCCGACAUGCUCUCCCUAUCACGGACCUGCACUGUGGAUUUGGGGGGCCCAUGGCCCGGGCUGCCACCGCCUCCCUGGACCAGACAGUCAAGCUGUGGGAGAUCACCUCCGGCGAGUUGCUGCUGUCUGUCCUCUUCGACGUCGGCAUCAUGUCUGUGACAAUGGACCUCUCUGAGUGCUACAUGUUCUGCGGAGGCAGUGACGGAUCUAUCUUCCAGGUCACACUCUCUGCCUGGGCUUUUCAGAAAGACAAGACCUUCCAGACGGAGCGAGAGACCGGAAAACUCUUCAAAGGACACAGGAACCAGAUAACGUGUCUGUCGGUGUCAACGGAUGGCAGCAUGUUACUUUCGGGAUCACAUGAUGAGACGGUGCGGCUAUGGGACAUCCAGAGCAAGCAGUGCCUCCGAACGGUUACGUAUAAAGGUCCUAUAACCAAUGCCUUCAUCAUGAUAGCCCCCGCCAACAUGUUCAAUCCAGACUACAAGCCCAGCCUGCCUCUGCCCAAGUUCAGCAAGCACCUGCAUGGAACCGAGGGCAGCGACGAGCCGGGAGGGGACAGAGUGACCGUGCGGCUCGGGCUGCACCAGCAGGGUUCUGAUGAGACCUAUUUGGACAAGACAGAGAGGCUGCACUCACUCAUGAGCUGUACAGCGGAGAAGAACUUGCUUGGGGGCCAAGAGCAGUUGAAGAUCCGGGUGACCGAGCUGGAGGAUGAAGUGAAUAACCUCCGGAAAAUCAACAAAGAUCUGUUUGACUUCACUACCCGCAUCAUCACCAGACCAUCCAAAUAAACCAACCCCUAGAUUCCUCCCUUUUCCCCAGACAUUCCUUGCACCCCCCCAUUCAAGAUCCCGGACUUUUGGAGCCAUAACAGUUACAAAAUGACAGUCUCAGAACCAUCAGUGAAUCAAUCUGUGGUGAUCUGUGGGGGGUGGGGGGGCGACUCCUCUGGGGACAACGCAAUGAGAAGACCUGUUUCCCACCCUCAAAGACCUUAUGAUCCAGCAGACAGACACUAAAUAAUUAUGGAUAGGAGAGAAAAGCCUGGAAAGAUGGAUAUGUGGAUGAGGAAGGGCUGAAAGGGUAGAUGGAGAAUGCUGGGCUGGAGAACAGUUAAGUGGUGAGCCCAGGUGCACAGUGAACAAGAAUCAGUGUAUUUAAAAGGAAAGAUAUCAAGAGGUUUUGGGGGGCAGAAGUUUCAAACAUCCAUAAAAACCCGCCGUCUUUUUCCUCCAUAAGCAAUGGGUUUUUGUUUGUUUUUUUCUGUCUCCCCAUUUCUCUCUUUUUCUCUCUUUC